AUGGCGAUUAAUAACGCCAAGGUGCUCCAUGAUCAAGAGCGCCAUCAAAGAGAUUAUCAAGCCGGUCUCCCGUAUGUUGAACACUCGGGGUGGACCGAUUACCCCAACCUUCCUCAUCCGCAAGGCCCAUCCGAUCCAACCCCUCAUUGUCCGGAGGCAGUCGGCUCAAGUUUCAUUCCGAUUCCGUACCAACCGCCACCUCAAGGAGAGUCGAGCCCGCUAGAUAACUACAGGGAUAUGUUUGAGCGGGUGGUGGAUGGUCCAAAUGGUUUGGAGCUGAAGUUUCUGUGGAUCAGGCUACCUUCGGUGGCUGCCGAGAUAUCCGAGUUAAACAUCCUAUCUGAUGCUAUUGUUCGAUAUGAAUUCGGUUUGGGUGCGGACAAAUGGGCUUGGAUCUUGGACAGCUCCGGUAGCUUCUCGGUGAGCAGUGUAAAGGAGAAGACGCACCGUUUAAUGUUUUCAGAUCUUCGGCUGGAUUUUGAAUGGAAUAAUUGGUUCCCCAUCAAGGUAAAUUUUUUAGUUUGGAGACUAAUUCAAGAUAAGCUUCCGACCAAGGCGGCUUUGAAUAGAAGAAAUGUCAUAAUAGAAGAUAAUCGUUGUAAAAUGUGCGGUGAUGAGGAAGAGUCUGCUUUGCAUCUUUUCGCCUCAUGCCGUAUUGCGGAGCAAAUUUGGGAGUUCAUAACUCGGUGGUGCAGAAUAAAACAGGUUCUUGUUUUGGAGUUGAAAGACUUGGCAAAUAUACAUAAAUGCAACAGAGGAUCACAUAGGUGGAAAAAAACGGUUAACUUGGUAACACAAGCGACCAUAUGGGUGAUCUGGAGAAGCCGAAACGAGGCGGUAUUUGAAGGAAAGCAGCCCUAUGUUAAUAGGAUGAAGGAAGAAAUCAAGAUGUUCGGGUAUAUGUGGCUGAAAAGUAGAGUUAAAAACGCUAAUAUUUCAUGGGAAAACUGGUGUAAUUUCGAUUUAAUUAGUCUUGGGGUAUGA